CCGGGUGCAAACUGCGCUCGCUGUCGAGUUCUGCAAGGUCGCCACGUGACGAUUGGCGCUCACCUUGUAAAAAAUGAAAUAAAAUAAAAUCGGAAAUAUGACUUUCGUUGCCUUGGUUUCUCUUCUCUUCGGGGGACGGCAGUUGACCCUGUCCGCCUCGACUUUACGCUCUGGGCUGCGGUUCUCGGUGCGGGGCCUGAAGGGUCAGAGUGUAAAACCAGGACUCCGCAACCUGAAAAAAGCCUCUUCUCCGAGAGAUGAAAUCGCCCAAAUGGUCGCAAAUGCAGAACAGCAUUCGUUCUCAGAUCGAAGGUUUCUCGUCUGCCCCUUUGCAACGCGAAAAGUGGCCUCCCAGCUGACGAGGGGACGAAAUUUUGAGAAUCCCAAAACUUUUCUUCUGGAAUUCGAGGCAGGUCCUGGAGUGUUGACUCGAAAGCUGCUUGAUACUGGAGUUCAUGUCAUAGCUCUGGAGAGUAAUAAAUCCUUUAUUCCUAAUUUAGAGUCUCUAAAGAAAGAAUUUGAAAGCCGAUUGGAAGUGGUGCAUUCCAACUUCGUAAAAUUGGAUAGUAAUCCAUAUGCAUUGUUGAAGGGUGAAUUAUGUUCUGAAACACUUUUUAACAACUUGAAAAUCUUCGAAGUUCCUUGGACAUCAGAUGUUCCUCUAAAAGUGGUUGGAAUUGUACCUUCCAAAGAUGAACGGGCCUUUUUUUGGAAAUUUAUAUAUUUUUUAUAUGAAUGCAGCUCUAUAUACAGUUAUGGAAGAAUAGAAUUGAACUUGUUUGUCAGUGAAAGAAUGUACAAGAUUUUUCUUGCAAAACCUCCAGAUAAAAAAACUUACCAGGCACUAGGUGUACUUUGGCAAGCAGCUUGUGAUAUUCAUCUUCUACACAAGGUGCCUUGCUCUUCAUUUUUAACUACUUCAAGAAAAAAGUCAUCGGGAUCAAAUAGUGUG